GAUAGACAAACACACGCACACACACACACACACACACACACACACACACACACACACACACACACGCACACACACACGGACAGACAGGCGUUUGGUCCUGGAGGUAAUGAGACAUGAACACAGUGUGAAGGUCUGGAAAUGGAAGUCGAAGAAAUGUUAGAACUGGCAAUAAUCAAGGUUGUGGAUCCAGAUUGUAUUUGGGGGCGAAUUGUGAAAGGGCCUGGAAGUUCUGAAGACUAUAAGAACCUGCAGGUUAAAAUGAAUCUCUUCUAUCACGACGUCAACCUGGACGUGCAGAAAGUAAAGCCGUCAUCUUUGGAGAAGGGACAGGUGUGUGUGGUGUUUUGGCCGACGCUGAAGAGCUGGUGUAGGGCCAAAGUGGAAUCUCUGUUUCUGGGAUCAGGAAGAAGUCAGGCCACUUGCUUCUUAGUCGACCACGGAGAGCAUGUCGUCGUCAGCACAGAUGAUUUGAGGGCUCCACUCGAUACGUUCCUGCAGCUCCCUUUCCGGGUGUUAAGGUUCAGAUUAGCUCGGAUUCACCCGAUGAACCUCAAAGUGCACAUCUUCAGUGAAACAGCAGAGCUAGUUCCGUCUCCUCACUGGGACAGCUCUGCUACUAAAUACAUCCACAAUCUCGUACAAGCAUCUACGUUGGUCGAGGCCGUUCCGUGUGGAACGCAUGAUGACUGCACGUCUAUUGAGCUGUUUCUGACCAUCAGAAAUGUGAAGAUCUGCGUAAAUGAUGAUUUGGUGACGAAAAGGUUUGCCUGUUGCUCAAGCGAGAAGUCUUCAGGGGAUCAGAGUGGGUUUGUGGUUCCAUCCCCUGUUAGCUUGUCCUGGGACAUUUUCAGCAGUCCUCAACACAUUCUGAAAAUGAGCGGCUUCUGUUCGUUUCCGUCUGCACCCUCACAUCUUCUAACCUGGAAGAACGAGAGGGAUUAUUUAGUGCGUCAAAUAGAUCGUGAGACAUCUUUAGUGAAGCCACUUGUUCAUAACGGAGCAGAAUCUGCUCAAGAAGAAGAAGAAGAGAAGUCUGACGGACAAGACGUAUGUGACAAAAGUUCCAUCCCCAAGAGAACAGAGGAAGGGGAAGUAAAUUUUGGGGACUCUGACGAAUCAAACAUAGAGAAUACAGAAUGUACCCUUGCAGAGCAGUUGUCUGAGAAACUAACCUUGAUUCGAUUUCUGAAGUUUUUGAACCCCUUCUCAAAUUCAGACUUGAGUGCCAAACAUGAUGAGACUGACGGUAAUCAGAAGACGUCAAGCAUUUCUGAUGAAACAGCAGAGAUCCAGAAUGACUUCAAUAGUACAAGCGUCAUCCCGACAGUGCAAAGACAACCAGCUCUCACUCCAGAGACAAGAACCAAAGAGCAGGUUAUUUGUGCCAGAUUGCGACAGUUGCUGAACCCAGAUCCAAUAAUUCCAGACUCGGAAUCUCUUGAAGAUAUCACUGCAUUCUGUGAAACCAGCAAGAGUGGAGUUUUGGUGCACUCACCUGUCACUAUCAACCCCUGUAGAACCCUGAGCCAGGCUCCGAUCACUGAGCAUUUCCUAAAGUACUUGAUGAGAAGAAAGUAUACAGGACCAGGCCUGGCCGAGAGUUACUGCUGGCCUUCAGUGGCACGAGGUUGUGACACGGUGCUGAUAUGCCACUGUGGAGACAAUCCACUCUCCUACAUCCCACCUCUGCUAGCUCAGCUUCAGUUGGCCUCUUUGUUCAGUGCCCUCACGGCACACACAGGGCCCAUAGCAGUGAUUGUUUGUCCAGGUUGGGAAAAGGUAGAGUCAGUGCUGGAGCUGUUAAAGGAAAGUCGGGCAGCAGUGAAUCUUCAUCCCUCCGCUGUACUGGUUGGAAUAAGUGAGAAUGAGGCCAAACAAACCAAGAUUCCAAACAACUGUCAGCUGCUGGUUACCACCCCGUUUAGCCUGGCCAGGUUACUGGAGGUGCAGUUCUACUUUCAGAGGCUCUGUCACCUGAUUUUAGAUGAGGCUCAUAAGCUCUUCUCAAGAGCUCCUGAACAGAUGACUGCCAUCUUACAACAUUAUCAGAAAGUGGUGUCCAGAGAGGAGAGAACUGUGUGUGCACAGCAGCUUAUUGCUGUAGGCAGUCAUUGGUGUCAGGAGCUGACGACUGUGGUCCGGAAUCACAUGGUUAAUCCCUGCAUCAUCAUCACCGUGCCGGAAGAGGCAGCCUUAUACGGUGGGGUUCAACAGACGAUACUCAUGUGUCUGGACUAUAAUAAGACCUCGGUGCUGCUCGGCUCUUUGGACUUCAGCCCCUCCGUUCCCCAGAAAACCCUUUUCAUCACAAACUCAGCAGAGGAGGUAGAGCAUGUGUACAAGGCUGUCAGCAACACCGCAGCGUUCACUCUCAAAGUACACGAGGGCCUUACCUACCAGUUUGAUGCUGUGAUUGAACAGUGGAGAAAAGACAUUGGACCAGGCACACAUGUUAUAUUGGUGACCACCAAUGACUGUUUAAAGGCCCUCGGUAUCAGGGACGCCACAUGCGUGUUGCACUACGGUUUCCCCAGUUCCCCUAAACUGUUUGGGAAGCGCAUGUUGUGCAUGGUUGAGAACUUUCGGAAUCUCUCCUGUAAGAAUCACUCCGAGGCCUCGUCUCCCGCGGUGCGUUCCGUGUUGCUGCUGUCAGAGCAGAAUUCUCGUCAGGUGUCUGGAGUGCUGCGCUACCUGAAGCGUACAGACACUCAACUGCCACCAGAGCUUCUGCAGUUUGCACAUGGCAUCCAGCAGGCCAAGGAGAACCUGAAAGCUGAUCAUGGUCUCUGCAGCUAUCUGAAGAGCCUGGGCUUCUGCAGGGACAUCACAAGUUGCCCAGACAGACACACAAUCAACACGAUACUUGAUUGUCCUCAACACGCAGACUCUGGUACUGUUUUGGUGUUGCCUCUUUACAUCAAGACCGCGAACGUGUAUUAUGGACGUAUCGUGGACCAGAGAAAGAACGGUUACGAGAAACUUGUUGCUGAGAUGAAGUCCCACUAUGCGAAAGAGAGACUUUGUGCAAAGGAAGUGGUGGAGGGAGGCUUUUAUGGAGUGCAGGAGGAGGAUGAAUAUCAUAGGGUGUGUGUGACCAAAGUGCCAGAGAAGGGAGAUCGACUGUUUAACAGCGUCACGGCUCGAUUUGUGGAUGUCGGACAUACACAGGAAGUGAAGUCACAUCAGCUUCUGCAGCUUCCCUCACAGUUUCAGAGCUUGCCUGGUCAGGCUGUUGAAAUCAUCUUGUGCAGGACUCAACCCAUUGAUGGAGAGAUGGACUGGAACCCAAAGGUUACCAGAGCUAUCAGUCAGAAAAUCAAAGGAAAAAUACAUCACGCCAAGGUGGUGAUGUGUCUGGGCAACACCGUGUGGGUCGAUCCGAUGGUGUGCAUGACGCGUAUGCCAGGUAUGAAGAUCUUCAUAAACGAGUAUAAUGUCCAUGCAGAGAUUGUGGCCACUGGAAUGGGCACCGCAAACCCUCAGCAUCUAGAGCUGCUGCAAUCACUGUGUCAGGGACAGGAGGCCUCUGCUGUAGCAGUGCUCAGUGAGAGCAACGGCCGUGAGAGUGAGGCGACGUCUCCGGAACAGACGGUUCAGGCUGCUGCAGAAGCUCUGGCCAGUCCGGUGAAAGCUGAAUCCUGUGAACCCUUUCAAAACACAUCCCAGAUCCCUGAACCUAAUAGAGGACAAAGUAAGGUCUCUUCGAAAGCCCGGCUAGACGCCGAACACGGGGAUAAAUCUGCUGAAUGCGUGGCUCAGAACUGGACUCCUGCUCUUUCUAACAACUCGGACGAAGAUAACCAUAGGAUCGAAGAUGAGGUCUUGCUCUCUGGCCAUACACAGAAUAUUGCUGUACCAAAAAGUCUUCAGCCACAGAUUAAGUGGUUUCAGAAAGAACAUUCGGUCACCCUGAAAAUCAAACUUAUCAACCCCAUGAUGCAGAAGUGUGAGUUCUUCUCUGACAGAGUGAUUUACAGUGGAUAUGUAAACAGCCGCCAUUACUGUGCCAAUCUGGAGCUACACAGUGACAUCAGCACAGAACAAUCCUCAUGGAAAAUGGAGUGCAGCGAACCCGUAAUCAAACUGGUAAAGAAAGAGAAAGGAGAAUGGAAGUCACUGCUUAAAUACAAGAGUGCUUUCGUAAGCUAUGAUUUUGACCACAUUGGAGAUGAAGAAAUUUCUCCCUCAAAUGGAUGUUGGUUAUUGGGGAACACAGGAGAAGAUGGCUGCUACAGGAAUUCAGAGAGCGAGAGUGAAAGCGACUGAUCAGACUCGGUUGUUUAUGCGUAUAAGAGGUUUACACCCCCUGUUGAAUUUGCUGGUUCUUGUGAUAGUUCUUGUGAUCGUUUCUACCUCUUAAUACAUCGACUAAUUCAAAAACAUUUGGUUUGAAAUCAAAAACUGAAUACAAAGCAAUAGACCAGAAUUUCAGCUUUGACCUUAUGACCUUUUUCUUUCACCACAUUUUUUUUUUAGGUUCUAGACCUAUUGUGGCUCAUCUCCGUAUUUCUUUCUCUGUGAGUUCUAAUCGGACCUUCGGAUCCUUACUGCUGACGUGACGUGCAAAUAAAUGAACCGACAUAAAUAAUUUCAGAACUUUUUUCACCCUUGCAACGUAUGAAAAUGAAGUGAAAAACGAUUUAAGUAAAUGUUACUUAUAAAAAGUUACAAUAACCCGGGAUCAUAGAUGUGCACAGCUUUUUGUAAUAGUGCAUGUGUUCAAAAUCACAUUCAGCCUGAUAAUGAAACAUAAUUAUCAUAAUUAUCUGUGGGAUUUUCUUCUUUGAUUCAUCUUUCUGCUAAAGCCCUGGUUUCCAAUUAUCUUAAAACUCAUGCAUGGUACCUCACUUGUUGAAUGGAUCUGGAGAGAGGUGUAGAAAAAUUUUCAAAACGUUAGACGUAUCUGAGGGAAUACCGUAAAUCCCGUCAUCAACAGAUAGAGAAAACAGAGCACCACAGUUACAUCACUAAGAACAGGAUGUUCCACCAAAGUUUAUUAAAGGACAGGUCAAAAACUCCCUAACCAAGAGAUCUAUGGCAACAUUGAAGGAGCUGCAGGGAUAUCUGACAAGUACUGAUUAUUCUCUGUGUCUGGGCUAUGGGUUAGGAUGGCUAGAGGGAAUCCCUUUCUCACAAAAAUCAUCCAAGUUAACUAAAUCACCCCAGAUUGGAUUAAAAUGGGUUAUGUCCUGAUAAGAUAUGUUCGGUGCAACUUUGUGCUUUAGGGCUGCUUUUCUUCAGAUAGAACCGGGGCAUUUAUUCAUGGAGAUGGGAACAUGAAUAGCUAGAAAUUCCCUAGAAGCUAGAAGUUGAAUAACCAAAUCAACCAAAAGAUUUUUGAACUACUUCGUCGAAGCCCAGAUCUGAAUCAAAACUAAAAAUCAGUGGGGUGGCCUGUAAACAGGAGAGAUGACUUUAUAAUGUAAUGAAUCUAAUCUGCACUUUAAGCUGCUUCAACAAGGUAUUCGUUCAUGCUAACAGGUUAUUGUAACUUUUUUCCCUAAAUGUUAUAUUUCUCUAAAACGUUUCGAGUCGUUUUUUUUUUAGUUGCUGUAAUUUCAUUGACGGUAGAAAAAAAGUUAUGAUACGAUUUAUCUUGCAUCUGAUUUUUACAUCCGAAAAACCUGCCAUUUUUAGCAGAGGUGUGCAGACUUCCACUGUAUCUCUUGAAGAUCGCUAAAUUCUGAUCUAUACUCUCAAAUCUUCUUUUUUGUUGAUUUGCAAAAAAAUUCUUUUGUUGAUUUGCAUUUGUACUUUGGGACGUUGUCAUGCAGAAAGGUACAAAUCUAACAGAGGACUGCAUACUUUGUGUCUGAAUAGAUUUAAAACUAUACACAAUUUUCUCUAACUAAAGCCAUAGCCACCAUCAUGCUUCACUCUGGAAUAUAGUGUUUUAAUAUAAUGAGAAGACUUGUUUUGCCUCAUGAUUUAGAUGUUGUGGUGUUUUUUGUUUUUUUUUUUUGGUGUUUUUUUUUGUUUGUUUGUUUUUUUUGGUUUUUUAAGAUUGUUGUCAUGCAGGAUGUGACCAGUAAAGGAGCAGAAGGAAUAUUUGACAAAUAAUGUUUCCAUAUUUCUCUUCGCAGCCUCUAGGAUACGUUUUCCUUUUGCUAUUUGUCAAAUUUGAAAUGACAUUCUGUUCUCGUUAAUGUUUCUGAGGUGUCACGUUUUCUUAGUUCUGUGGUACAUGUGCUUGCUUUGUAAGCUCCAAGGGCAAAGGUUUGGGUUAUUUAUUUUUUAUUUUAUUUUGCUUUAUUGUAAGGCGGAAUUGAGUUUCAGUGUGAAAUGUCAAAAUUUAUUCAGUUGAGAAGAAGUGCACAUUCACAAAUGGUCAGAAAAUGGCCUUAUUGUAUAGCAUUUAGCAGACUUGCUAAUUAAACAAACGUUUAUGGUUAUAUCUUCGC